AUGGCUCGAUCCAACGCUGUCGUUUUGAUGCUAAUGGCUGCCCUCUUGGUGGCCUCAACAAGGGCACAAUCUCCGGUAUCUUCCCCAGCCAAGUCCCCUGCACUCUCUCCCAAACAAGCCUCUGCUCCUCCUUUGAGCGCUUCACCUUCUCCUUCGGGCACUCCACAAUUGGCUGCUCCUUCUACAUCUCCCGUCGCAGCCUCUCCACCUUCUCCACCAUCGUCUUCCCCGGCCGCCUCUCCCCCUACUUCGGUGUUGGGAUCCCCCUCGGAAGCUCUUGCACCGAACGGCGCCGUUUCGAAUAGGUUCUCCGGCCCAGGAUUUGUGGCCGUUGGUGUUUUCGCUGCCGCCUUGCUUAUGUAA